AUGGAUAACAGGAUGCUGUCUGUUUUGGUGGGCAUCUUCUCUAUCCUUAACACCAUUCAGCUCCUCAUCUUCGACUUGAAUGAGCUUACAUUACUAGGCUACGAGGAUAAGUUCUCUAUCUACGUGGACUCGAAGUCUGGGCUAACCUCUUGGAUCUUGAUACACAAAAAAAGCAUCAGCAUCUGCCUGUCCACCAUCACCGUCAUGGCCAGCACCUUGCUGCUCUACAGCAUCCACGCGAGCAUCUGCGCGGGCUUGCUGUCCUAUGCCCUGUGGAUCGUCCUCUAUGAGCUCAUCAACUUCUCCAUGGUCCUGCUCAUCAACAGAGCCUUGAAAUACCAGUUCAGGGAGAUAGGUUACCCACACUUGUUCUUCCAAGUCUCUCUCAUGCUCCUGUACUUCUUCUCUCUGCCCUUUAUCGUCAAGUAUACGUACAACAUUUAUAUGGACCCCAAGACUUUAAGCAAGAUAAGCCGCCGCAGGCUCUCCUCCAUCACUACUCUCGACUCUUGGACACACGUCGGGCCAGCAAUGAUGUACCGCAAGUUAAACUGA